ACGCGGUUCCGUGGCAUUUUACUUGAGAGCAGAAACAGAUUUCUGCGGCGAAACAUUAAUAAAUCAUCCGAAAAAGUGAAACUAAGGAGGAUUUCUGUGCUCUCGCGUCCCUUUUGCCAUUUCAUCUUGGAAUAAUUAAGGCAAACAGAAAUGAAUUUGUGCACGUGCUGCGUUUAAGAAAUUGCUUUUUCCCUCAACGUUCUCUGGGGCGCUCUUGACUUGCCCGCCUUUCCUGGGCUUUUAUGUUUCGGCUGCACUUAAACAAAGCUACUCAGAGUCAGUUCGCGAUCGAAACUCGGAUGAAAUAGAACUCGAUAUUCUAGUCUCGCGUUGCCUCAGGGCAUAUAACGAAAUCAGCAGAGCGAAAAGUCGGCUUGCGGUGUAAUUAAUGUAAACAUACAUAUGCCAAAAAUAUUAUCAAGGCUGAAAAACAAAUUUCAAAUUGUUGCCUGGUCAAUCACAAUAAUUAAGCAUCGCUAAGGUCAGUGAAGUGCGUUACAAAGCUCAAACUAAAAACAUACCAAGAUUGUAUAGUGCUGUGAUCGAUGAAAGCGAGUGCAUCAAUUUAGGCAAACUAAGUUUAGCAAUCUGAAUAAAAAUGGCGGAGAAGGCAUCUUUAGCCCAACUCAGGAGUUUGGAAUGGAGGCGUUUGUUCAACAUGUUCUACAUAGAACCGGUGAUUUUCAUGCUGAUAUUUUCGUCAAUGCUGUCAGGUAUUGUCAUGCGCAAUCAGAUGAUUUAUCAGACCUGCACGGUCAUAUUCCAGUACAAUGAAACCGAUUGCGAGCUAUUGGAUAGCAAUAACGCCAGCGCAGAAAUACAUGCCAUUGAGACGGAGCUGCAGGAGUACGUGGCCGACAUGUUCCUAACCCGCACGCUCUUCGAGAGCAUCGUGCCCGGCAUAUGUGGCCUAUUCGUCGGUUCCUGGUCGGAUCACUAUGGCCGCAAGCCCCUGGCGAUUGUCUCCAUGGUGGGCUUCUCUGCCUCUUCACUGCUCUCGUCCGCCAUCUGCUGGCUGUCCAGUUACUACAUGGUUAAUCCCUGGUGGUACACCUUGGCAGCCCUGCCACAAUCUUUGCUCGGCGGAUCGUGCGUCUUCUCCGUGGCAGUCAUGUGCUUCAUCACGGACACAACGGACAUGAAGACCAGACCCUACAGAAUGAUCUUCUUGGAGCUCAUAGCAUUUGUGGCCCAUACGAGUGGCUCGUUAUUAUCCAGUUUUGUCUAUGCAGCCACUAGUGCCGCCUUUGUGCAGAGUCUCUCCUGUUUGAUAGUUGUUGGGGCAACACUAUUUAUUAUCUUUUACCUGCCCGAAAGUCUUGGAAUGUGUCCAGAUAAGGACGAAACACCUGAAACACCUGAAGCACCUGAAAAAGAAAAGGAAAUCGUUGUCACAUCUGAAACCCCUGAAAAAGAAAAGGAAAUCGUUGUCACAGUUUCGGAUCAGAAAAUGAAUGAAGCAUCAACUGAAGCAUCAGUCGAUAACCGUGAGGAUCCCCCCAAAUAUGAGUCCAUAGAGAAACCUCCCUUGGAAGGAGCUGAAACUGAAGAAGCUGGUUUGUUCAGCUUUAAACACAUCAAGGACAUGUUUAGCACCUGCUUGAAGAGGAGGGAAAACAAUGCUCACACCAUUAUUUGGCUGGUUACUUUGGCCGGCUUUGUCUCGAUUUUUGUCGGCGAUGGCGUCAUGACUGUUUGGUACUUGUUUGUGCGCCAACAGUUUCACUUCACUGUGCGUGACUUUACUAUUUUUAAUACUGUCAGUCAAUCGGUGCCCAUGGUGGGUGCUAUUUUGGGUAUUCUUAUUCUGCGAAAGCUUUUGGGACUGUCUGUGGUCACCAUGGCCUUACUGUCUCUCAUUUCGGAGGUAGGUUGCAAUAUUGCCAGAGGAUUUGCCUACCUGCCGUGGCACCUCUACGCAUCUGUUGCCCUCGGAGUCUUUCGCUCCAUUGAGGGGCCCAUGUGCCGCACCAUUGUAUCGAAUAUAGUUCCUGCCUCCGACACUGGUAAACUGUUUGCCAUCGGCAACAUCGUGCAAUCAUUCGCCCCCUUUGUCGCCGCUCCUCUGUACACGGCCAUCUAUAAGGGCUCCCUGCCCAGCAAUCCUGGAGGAUUUAAUUUUCUCAGCGCCGCUUUAUAUUUGAUAGCGUUUAUCCUGAUGGGCUGUGUGAUGAGAAUCAAAUUGAAGCACCGAAAGUUCUACGCCAAGACGCUCAAAUAGCCAAGUAAACAGAAUUUCCAUCAAUAUUGAUUGUGGCAAGUUUGCCAACUUUCCAGAGCUUUGUUUAUGCUUAAGUCGAAAACUUUGUGUGGACAGCAUUAAAUAACUCGGUUUUGUGU